AUGAUCGGUCUACGAUCCAGCGCUGUCCGCGCUUCACGACUGUCUCGCACCCGCCUUCCUACCCGUAACAUACGCUUUCAGUCAACCUCGUCACCUACCAGCCCCAGCAAACCCACCAACACCAACCAGGCUGCCAUUCUCGGCGGCGCGGUUGGUGGAAGCCUCGUCUUCCUCGCCGCCUACACGUGGUACCACUUCUCCGGCGCCAAGACCGUCGUUCAAACCGCCAGCCAAACCAAAGCCUACUUCGAUCAAACCCUAAGAAAGACAAAAGAGUCUGCUCCUGCGCCCAAUGAAGCCAUCCAGUGGCUAAGAGAGACGGCGUUGAGUUAUGCAUCGAUCAUUCCCGGUGCGAAGGGUUAUGUGGAUAGCGCCUUCAACGACCUAGACACCAUACAUGCCAAGCACAGGGAGGAAGUAGACAAGGUAGUAAUGGAGGCGUAUGAAGAGCUGAAGGAACUGGGAAACAAACCUUUCAGUGCGAGCAGUGUGGCGAAUGCCUGGCAUAUCCUGCAGAAGCAUCUCGGCCGGAUUGGGGAGCUAGCCAAGGAUGCCGGAGGCGAUAUUCUGAACAACCACCCGCAGCUGCGCGAUCGAUUCGGUGGCGAGUUUGAUCGGUUGAAGUCAAUGGCAGACAAUUAUGGCCCAGAGGCCAAGAAACAGGUGGAUGAGACGUGGAGUAAGAUCCAGGAUGCGUUGAAGGGAGGAUUCAGCUUCGACACGCUCAAUCGCAUCAGGGGCAUCGUCCAGGAGACCACGGAAAAGGUGCAACAGAUCGGCGAUCAGGCGUGGCAGAAAGCCAUGGAGCAAGCCAAGCCCUAUUUGGACAAGAACCCGCAGAUCAAGGAAAUGAUAGAGUCGAACAAGACCAAGCUGAUGCAAGGGAACGCCAUGGAAUUGGCCUCGAAGAUCAAAGACGCCUUCUCAUCCGGCAGCACCCAAGACCUCGAAAAGUACGUGCAAGAGACGGUCAGCAAAGCCAGCAGCAGUUCAUCAUCGUCAGGCAUGGGUGGCAGCUUGGAGAAAUACUUCCAGAUGAUCCCCUCCGGUGGUUCCAUCUGGUCCAGCCUGUCGCAGUUGCAGGAGGGAGCGCAGAAACACGGCAAGGAGGCGGAGAAGCUGCUCAAGGAGGCCACCGAGGAAGUUCAGCAGGUCCUGUCGAGGAAGGCGGAGGAGGCCAAGAAGCUGGCCGAGAAGGCCAAGAAGGAUGUCUCGAAUUAA